CAAGGACGCUUGCCUUCCUAAGUUAUAUGUCUCUUAGCUCUUUAUUAUUCAAUUUUUUUCUUUUAAAUCCCAACUUGGGUUUUUAAUAUAUACUCCGUAUUUAUGUGUAUAUAUAUAUGGUCGUCUAUCUUCAGAAACAUAUAAUCUAUCUUUCUUUCUGUGCAAACAUCACUUUCUUGCUCCCAAAGCAAAUCUUCUUCUUCUUCCUUUGAGAUUCUCCAAGACAUCAGCAACAACUGGACAGACUCUGUCGGAAAGAGAAUUAAAAGUAAAAAAAAAAAGUCACAAAACUCAGCAAAGAAAAAUAAAGAAUGAGUUGCAAUGGCUGCCGUGUGCUCCGAAAAGGUUGCAGCGAGAACUGCAUCCUCAGGCCAUGUAUCCAAUGGAUAGAAACCGCCGACGCUCAGGGACACGCCACCGUCUUCGUCGCUAAAUUCUUCGGCCGCGCCGGUCUAAUGUCUUUCAUCUCCGCCGUACCGGAAUCUCAACGUCCGGCUCUGUUUCAGUCUUUGCUAUACGAAGCUUGUGGGAGAACAGUGAAUCCAGUCAACGGAGCUAUAGGAAUGCUGUGGACGGGUAACUGGAAUAUCUGCCAAGCUGCGGUUGAGACGGUGCUUCGUGGCGGUUCUUUGAGACCCAUCCCAGGGCUUCUCGCUCACGGCGGCGGAUUCGCUGGCUUUCCAUCGGUUACAUCUGAAGAAGGGUCUGAGAUCUGCACGGGAAUGCUGAACCUUACUGAUGGUUCCAGCGACCGUAACAUCUACCAUCAUUCUAGAUUCUCAAGCUCAAGAUCCAGAUCUACGCUGGACUCUUCUCCUAAGAAGCGUAGGCGAGUUGAUUCUUCGGAGCUCGAUCUUUCACUAAACCCUAAUUUAUCCACUAAAACAACGCCUUCUCCCACACGGCAGCGAUCAGGAACACCGUCCAUGAACUCUGAGGAGUCAGUGGCGACGACGACUACUACCACGACGUCGUUUUGUGACGCCACCCCCACAGGUGUACGGUACGGUAACGGCGGAGGAGGAGAGGCCAGCAAGCUGCUUAACCUUUUUGUUUAAGGAAACUUUCUCUGAUUUACUUAGGGUUCAAAAAUGUAAUUUUACACAAUGUCUUCCCUCUUUUCGUGGAUACAAAAAUAUUUGGACCGACGAGUUAGCUACAGUUUUGUUCUCUCGGUGAUAGUUAUUAAUUUAACCAAUGUUUAACUUUGUUGAGUGAAAAUGAUAAUUCGUCUCUA